AUGGAUAAGCAAAAGAAGGCCAAUGGAGCUCAUAUUUUGGCUCUUCCUUAUCCAAGCCAAGGCCAUAUAAAUCCCAUGUGCCAAUUCUGCAAGAGAUUAGUCUCUAAAGGAACGAAAGCCACCUUAGCAAUCACCAAUUAUAUUUCCAAAUCCACCAGCCUGAAAUCUGACACAGUCGGGAUCGAUACGUUUUCUGAUGGUUACGACGAAGGUGGUUUUGCUCAAGCUGGUGAUAUCGACGAAUAUCUGGCGCGUAUGGAAAAAGAAGGCUCGAAAACCGUGGCAGAACUCAUUCGAAAGUACCAAGUAACAAACCAUCCCAUUGAUUGUAUUGUUUAUGAUACAUUUUUGCCUUGGGCUUUGGAUGUGGCCAAAGAUUUUGGCAUUCUUGGAGCCUGUUUUUUCACACAGGCUUGUGCUGUUAAUUAUGUGUACUAUUAUGUGCAUCAUGGGUUGUUGAAACUGCCUGUUUCUACACUGCCUGUCGAGAUUCCUGGAUUGCCUCCACUUGAUCUGCCGGACAUGCCCUCGUACAUUUCUGUACAUGGAUCCUAUCCUGCUUAUUUCCAGAUGGUGCUGAAUCAAUUUCCAAAUGUUGAGAAGGCUGAUUUUAUGUUCAUUAAUACAUAUUUCAAGUUAGAGGAAAAAGUGAUUGAUGAAAUGACAAAAAUGUGUUCGAUGUUAACAGUGGGGCCAACAAUUCCUUCUUUCUAUUUGGACAACCGCAUUGAAAAUGACAACAACUAUGAACUCAACCUAUUCCAAUAUGAUUCAACAGACUGCAUUAAUUGGCUUAACAAUAAGCCUGCUGGAUCUGUCGUUUAUGUAGCCUUCGGUAGCAUGGUUUCUCUCCCGGAAAAGCAAGUGGAAGAACUUGCAAUGGGCUUAAAAAACAGCAAUUUCCACUUCUUGUGGGUGGUUAAGGCUUCUGAGCAAGAAAAACUCCCAAAAAAAUUUGUCCAGGAGACUUCUGAUGAUAAGGGCUUGUUUAUUACAUGGUGUCCACAGCUAAAAGUGCUGUCAAACAAGGCCUUGGGGUGUUUCUUUUCGCAUGUGGGAUGGAAUUCAACGAUUGAAGCAUUGAGCUUGGGGGUGCCAAUGGUGGUUAUGCCUCAAUGGACAGAUCAAACAAUGAAUGCUAAGCUUGUGGAGGAUGUUUGGAAGAUGGGUUUAAGGGUAAAAGCUGAUGAAAAUGGGAUUGUUGGGAGAGAAGAAAUUGAGGGUUGUUUAAAGGAAGUAAUGAAGGGGGAAAAGGGAAAUGGAAUGAAGAAAUUUUCUAGUAAAUGGAGGGAUUUGGCUAUGGAGGCAGUUUGUGAAGGUGGUACUUCUGAUACAAAUAUUAAUGAUUUUAUAUCUAAAUUGAAUAAAAAGUAA